CAAAACAAACUAAUAUGCAUAUAUGAUAACACAAAAAGCAACAUUUUUACCAUAUUUAAAGGUUUAUAAAUUACGAACAACUUACAGUAUUAGCGGAUCACACGAUCAUGCUGCGACAUGUGGGAAGAUCUUUACCAGUUUAUAAACACGUUCUGGAAUUACCCAGACGAUGUAUGUGUCAAACAAUGGAAAGCAUGCAAGACUCAGUUGGGACACCUGUUGUGAAACCAUCACAGAAUCUGUCUGGCGUCAGCAUCGACACAUUGUCCAUUUGCAAGAAGUUCAAACAAGCUGGGUUCACUGACCAUGAGGCAGAGGCCCUAACAGAGGUUGUGUUUGAUGUUGUAAGAGCCUCCAUAGACUCCCAGGGGAAGAUGAUGGUCACAAAGUCUGGACUAGAAAUCAAAUCUCAGCAGCUGCUAGCCCAGAUCAGCGCAGUACAGAAAGAUAUGAUCAUCCUGGAGAAGAGUGAAUUUACCAUGAUACGCAAUGAGACAGAGAAACAAGGCAUCCAUAUCAAGCAAUUUGAGGGAAAACUAACUGAUACGAUCAAGAGGCUUGAAGGCCAAGUGAAAUUGGACAUCAACCUUGAGAGGAGUCGAGCAACAGAGGCUCAUGCAUUAAAUGAGAAGAAUCUUCAGUCACUCCAUAAUAAGAUUGAAGUCCUGAUGGCAUUAAAUGAAAAGAAUCAACAGUCACUUAAUAACAAAAUUGAAGUCCAGGAGUCUCAAACAGAAAAGAACUUAAAGUCCCUGGAUAACAAAAUUGAUGUUGAGAUCUCUAACAUGAAAACCAGGCAGGAAAAGAGCAGAAACACAGCCAUAUACUCUUUUAUAGGAUUUCCAAGAAAAAUGGCGAAGAAGUCAGUUAACCAUAUUUAGGCCAUGAAAAUAUGUACAGAAACCUUAUUUACAAAGGUUUCCUAACAACAGGGGCUUCGCUGUACUUUGCCUACUUGAGGUUGUUAAAGUGAUCCUUGUAGAUGAUUAUGCUACCUCAUCUGUGAUUCCACUAUGAAAAGUCGGCGAAAUGACCAAUGUCCUGGUGAACAGAUGGAGGAAAUAUAACCGAAAAUGGACCUUUUUUUUUGGGGGGGGGGGGGUAAGAAAUUUUUAUAUUUGAGUUUUUAUUGUGAUAAUCAUUGAAUUUUUAAAGCAUUCAUAAACAGUCAAGAUUUAAAGACAACCUCAGUGCUGUUUUGAUUUAAGUAUGUUAACGUUUUUAAUAGAUUGUAUUUAUAAAAAUACCUAUUUAAUGGACAAACGAUGAUUGAUGCAGUUUUAUUAGUCCCCUACCUGUUUCACCUGAGGGGACUUGUGGUUUUCGCUCUGUGCGUCUGUCUGUCACACUUUUCUGGAUCCUGCAAUAACUUUAAAAGUUCUUAAUAUUUUUUCAUGAAACUUGAAACAUCUAUAGAUGGCAAUAUGGACACUAUGCACGUCAUUUCAUUGUGUUAUUACGUCAAACAUUCUGGUUGCUAUGGCAACAAAUAGACUAGAAAUACUGCUGAAAAUGGUGGUUUUCUGGGUCCUGCGAUAACUUUAAAAAUUCUUCACAUUUUUUCAUGAAACUUAAUACAUGGAUAGAUGACAAUAUGAACAUUAUGCAUGUUAUUUCAUUUUGUUCCUACGUCAAAAAUUCUGGUUGCUAUGGCAACAAAAACAAAAAAAUUCUGACAAUGGUGGAAUUUCUGACAAUGGUGGAGCCGGAAGGGAACAUAUAUUGCUUGGCAAUAGUCUUGUUACUUAUAUACAUGGAAUUUACUUCAUUAGAUUACUUGAAAUAACUUGCAAUUUUUAUGCCCCCGGCAGGGUGGCAUAUAGCAGUUGAACUGUCCAUCAGUCCGUCUGUCUGUCAGUCUGUGCGUCCGUCCGAAAACUUUUACAUUGGUCAUAACUUUUGCAAUAUUGAAGAUAGCAACUUGAUAUUUGGCAUGCAUGUGUGUCUCAUGGAGCUGCACAUUUUGAGUGGUGAAAGGUCAAGGUCAUCCUUCAUGGUCAAAGGUAAAAAAACCAUUGAAUUAAAAAUUCAAAGCAGCACAGUAGGGGGCAUUGUGUUUCUGACAAACACAUUUUGUUGUAUUGUAUUGUUAAAUUGUUUUGCUUUGAAUUUAGAAAAUUGUUCUUAAUGUUUUUCUUUUUAUAUGGUAAUUUUAUUUUCAAUAUGUAAAUAAACAAAUACAUUUUCAAAAUCUUCA